GGUCCCCAGGCUCCCUACGCAGGUAUGGGGGUCGCAGAGUCCCGGACCGGUUGUUCGCACACCGAGGCCAGUGCGGGGAAGGGCUCCGGACGCCCCAGUCAGAGGCGGGGGAGAGUCCAGGACACGAGGGUCUGCUGCUGAGCAAGAAGGCCGUCCCGGGCCUGCUUCAAUCUUCCUUCGCAAGAAAACGGAGCCAAGCCCCUUCCCUCUGCCCUCGGGGUACCUGAAGUCUGGCCCCGCCCUGGUCCCAAUGCACUCUUGGUGGCCUCCUUUCUCCCGCUGCCCGCCCACCACCAUGCCGCCCCUGCUGCCCUUGCGCCUAUGCCGUCUGUGGCCCCGCAGCCCUCCCACUCGGCUCCUCGGAGCGGCCGCCGGGCAGCGGUCCAGCCCGAGUAAUUAUUAUGAACUGUUGGGGGUGCAUCCUGGUGCCAGCACUGAAGAAGUUAAACGAGCUUUUUUCACCAAGUCCAAAGAGCUGCACCCCGACCGGGACCCUGGGAACCCAACCCUGCACAGCCGCUUUGUGGAGCUGAGUGAGGCAUACCGCGUGCUCAGCCAUGAGCAGAGCCGCCGCAGCUAUGACCACCAGCUCUGCUCAGCCAGCCCCCUGAAGUCUCGAGGAAACACAGCCCACCCCAAGUCUGCCCACCAAACACACAGCUCCUGGGCACCCCCCAACGCACAAUACUGGGCCCAGUUUCAUGGUGUGAGGCCGCAGGGGCCCGAAUCGAGGCAGCAGCAACAUAAACUCAACCAGCGAGUGGUGGGGUAUUGUCUCCUGCUCAUGCUGGCAGGCAUGGGCCUGCAUUAUGUCGCCUUCAGGAAGUUGGAACAGAUACACCGUAGCUUUAUGGAUGAAAAGGAUCGGAUCAUCACUGCAAUCUACAAUGACACUCGGGCUCAGGCAAGGGCCAACAGAGCCAGGCUCCAGAAGGAGCAACUGCAGAAGCAGCCGCCACCACCCGGGCCUCCCCAAGGCCCUGGGCUCGUGACCCCGGGCACCAGCCCCUGAGGAGCUCACCUGGGUGGGGCCUGCUCUGUGCUCCCUCCUUGCUUCCUUCCCAGGACUGCCCACUCCCCAAAACGCGUGCAAUAAAGUGA